AGAGAGAGAGAGAGGACAAGAUUACAGUUUCCUUUCUCUUCCCCCUUUAUUAAUUCUUCUCCUAAAUUUCGAAGAAUCUAAGCUGAACGCGAAAGGUCUUUGAGAUGGCAUCGAAACGGAUUUUGAAGGAAUUGAAGGAUCUGCAGAAGGAUCCUCCCACUUCAUGCAGCGCAGGACCUGUCGCGGAAGACAUGUUCCAUUGGCAAGCCACGAUAAUGGGUCCAUCGGACAGCCCUUACUCUGGUGGUGUUUUCCUUGUUACCAUUCAUUUCCCUCCUGACUAUCCUUUUAAACCUCCCAAGGUGGCUUUUAGGACUAAGGUGUUCCACCCGAACAUCAACAGCAAUGGGAGCAUCUGCCUCGACAUCUUGAAGGAGCAGUGGAGUCCUGCCCUCACCAUUUCCAAGGUGCUGCUGUCGAUCUGUUCGUUGUUGACGGAUCCAAACCCGGAUGAUCCUUUGGUUCCGGAGAUAGCUCACAUGUACAAGACAGACAAGAAUAAGUACGAGUCCACUGCCCGUACCUGGACUCAAAAGUACGGAAUGGGCUGACACUCCGCAAAGGACGAGCCCCCCCUUAAUAACUAAAAACUCUUCUCAUUUCUAUGUAAUCAUAUUUAUAAAACUUUUCUGUCUUAUUAAAAAAAAUUGUGAAGACAAGAUCAUUAAGAAAUCACAUGAUCUCCAUUCUCAUUUCAAUCCUGUGGAACUUGUAAAACUUAAAUCAUCCCGUUCCCAUUUGCUGUUUGUUCUCUAUAUUAAAAUUAUGAGCUUUUUCAGUGGACCGAAACACCAUUGUUAUUACAUUC